AUGAAAGGCCCACUGCUCCUGCUCCUUCUCCUUCUGGGGACAGUUGCUGCUUUCCAUCUGGAGAAUUCUGCCUGCAGUCCGGACAGCCAUGAGAUACAAGUGGAUCUGAGUCAGAAUCUGGAAGGUUCAGGGGAGCAGGGAGAAGACCUGGCUCUGACUGAUGAGAUGAUUCAGUCAGAGGGAGAGGAGGCCAAGGCUUCCAGCUGUCAGGUCACAUCUGAGGACGGGGAGGCCAUGGAUUCGGACCUAGCUGCCCUAGACAAGGACUUUCAGUGCCCCAAGGAAGAAGACGUAAUUCGAAUUCCGAGCAGUCCUGGGUGCAAAACCUGCAACUUCCUGUUGGUGCGGCAGGCCCAGAAAUUUAAAUGUGCUCAGAAUAUCUGCAGGAGGUGCUACCGAGGCAACCUCGUCUCCAUACACAGCUACAACUUAGAUUAUCGCAUCCUCUGCUCAGCCAGAAGACUCAAUGAAAAUGAGGUCUGGAUUGGAGCCAUCAGCCGGCGCUGGUUCAUGUGUCGGAGGUUUCGAUGGACCGAUGGGAGCUGCUGGAAUUUUCAAUACUGGGCCUCAGGGCAGCCUUUCCAAGGGCACGGCAACUGUGUGACCCUGUGCACCCCAGGUGGUCACUGGCGGCGCACUUCAUGCCAAAGGCGUCUGCCCUUUGUCUGCUCUUACUGAGCCCGUGGCUGCGGAGCCCCUGCCUCGGAUCCCCCGCCCUUCGC